AAACUAUUCCUUGCAGACUCCAUUUUGUGAAAGAAGAGCAUGGACAACAUCGGGAAUAAGAAGAAUCCAAUUUAAAACAAAAUGUAUUAAUGCUUCUGUCUAGAGACAGAAUGGAUUCAGAAAAUAAAUGCAGAUAUGUUUGACAGUCCUGUUUGAACUAAUACACUUCUGGAUUCAUUUUUACUCGUUGUAAAGCACUACCUGUACAAUGAGAAGACGAGAGAGGAGGAGGAGGAGAAGAGAGAAAAAGGAUGUUCACGCACAUAAAGCAGCAUCUCCAGAACCCAGCUGUGUGUCUAUGAAGAGUGACACAUCUAUGCCUCUACCACCUGGUCUCAGGGAUGGAGCAGUGACCUCUGACCCUGAAACUACCUAUACAAUGAGUCUAUGGAAGAAGGCAGAGAAUCAGGCAGAGGAUGUUCACGAACAUAAAGCAGUAUCUCCAGAACCCAGCUGUGUGUCUAUGAAGAGUGACACAUCUAUGCCUCUACCACCUGGUCUCAGGGAUGGAGCAGUGACCUCUGACCCUGAAAUGUGCAGUGUGAUAAGGUCAGCAAUGCCCUGUCAGAACUGCUUUGACCCUAACUCUCAGACCCACACAGAUGCCCUGAAGAGAGUCAAAGACCAAAACAAAACCAGCAUGAAGAACAAGUUUGAGAGCUUAUUUGAGGGAAACAAACUAGAAGCAAAUCAAACCCUCCUGAACAGGAUCUACACACAGCUCUAUAUAAUAGAGGGAGAGAGUGGGGGGGUGAAUGAGGAACAUGAGGUUUUACAGAUGGAGAAAACGGCAAGAACACAAGACACUCCAAUCUACUGCAAUGACAUCUUUAAACCCUUAGCUCAACCUGAAUAUAAAAAUCAAAGAAAACAGAAGAAAAACAAAAUCAAGACUGUUCUUACUAAAGGCAUUGCUGGAAUUGGAAAAACCAUCUCUGUGCAGAAGUUUAUUCUAGACUGGGCUGAAGGAAAAGCAAAUCAGGAUGUAGAUUUCAUGUUUGUUCUUCCAUUUCGAGAGCUGAAUUUGAUUAAAGAUCACCAGUACAGUCUUCACAGACUUCUGCUGGACUUUCAUCCGGAACUCCAAGAUGUGGACUCAAAGAUUUAUGAAGAGUGUAAUGUUGUGUUGAUCUUUGAUGGUCUGGAUGAAAGCAGAAUGACAUUCUUGUUUUCAGACAAUGAGAACGUUUCUGACAUUAAUAAAUCUUCAUCAGUGGGUAUGUUGAUGGCUAGCCUUAUCAGAAAAGACCUGUUUCCAUCUGCUCACAUCUGGAUCACCUCCAGACCAGCAGCAGCCAAUCAGAUCCCCUCAAAAUACAUAAACCGAGUGACGGAAAUUCAGGGAUUCACUGAGCCUCAGAAGGAGGAAUAUUUCAGGAAGAGAAUCAGUGAUGAGCAUCAAGCAAGCAGAAUCGUCUCACACAUCAGGAGAUCAAGAAGCCUCCACAUCAUGUGUCACAUCCCUGUCUUCUGCUGGAUCUCAGCCACUGUGCUUCAAAACCUGAAAGAUGACAGUGCAGAAAUCCCUCAAACUCUGACCGAAAUGUACAUCCACUUCCUGCUGACUCAGAUCAACAUGACGAAUCAGAAGUAUGAUGAGAGAAAACCAAAGGAACAGUUACAGUCCAGCAGAGAAGUGAUUGUGAAACUUGCUGAACUGGCUUUUAAACAGCUGAUGAAGGGCAAUGUGAUGUUCUAUGAGGAGGACUUGAGAGAGAGUGACAUAGAUGCGACAGACGCCUCAGUGUAUUCUGGGAUUUGCACUGAAAUCUUUAAGGAGGAAUCUGUGAUUCAUCAGAGGAAAGUCUACUGCUUCAUACAUCUGAGCUUUCAGGAAUUUCUAGCUGCUUUCUUUGUAUUUUACUCCUGUUUAACAAAGAAUAUUGAAUCACUGAAGUUAUUUCUGGAUGAAAGAUAUCAUUGGUACAGCUGGAGAAUGUCUUUGCAUGAGCUACUAAAAGAAGCAGUCAAUAAAUCCUUACAAAGUGAAAAUGGACACCUAGAUCUUUUUCUGCGGUUCCUGUUAGGUGUCUCAGUGGAGUCUAAUCAGAGACUCUUACACAAUCUACUGACACACACAGAGAACAGCUCAGAGGACAUCAUGAUAAUCACACAGUACAUUAAAGACAAAAUCAAGAGUGAUGAACAGCUUUCAGCUGACAGGUGCAUCAAUAUUUUCCUCUGUCUGCUGGAAAUGAAUGAUCAAACUCUGUACAGAGAGAUACAAGAGUUUGUGAAAUCAGAGAAACAUUCAAUGAAUCGACUCUCUCCUGCUCACUGCUCAACAAUUGCCUACAUGCUUGAGAUAUCAGAGGAGGUGCUGGAUGAGUUUGAUCUGAAGAAAUACAACACAUCAGAUGAAGGCAGAAGGAGACUGAUACCAGCUGUGGUGAACUGCAGAAAAGCUGUAUUUGCCUUCUGUAAUCUCACUGGUCAAUGCUGUGAAAUUUUGUCUUCAUCUCUACAAUCAUCAAACUCCUCACUGAAAGAGCUUGACCUGAGUAACAAUAACCUUCAAGAUUCAGGAGUGGAGCUCCUCCUGAACAAUUCACACUGUCAACUCCACGUACUGAGAGUUGCUUACUGUAAUCUUACUGAUCAGUGCUGUGAAAGUGUGUCUUCUUCACUACAAUCAACAAACUCCUUACUAAGAGAGCUGGACAUGAGUAACAACGACCUGCAGAAUUCAGGAGUAAAGCUGCUCUCUGAUGGACUGAAGAGUUCACAUUGUCAACUCAAUAUACUGAAGUUAUCUGGUUGCAUGGUGACAGAGGAAGGCUGUUGUUAUCUGGCUUCAGCUCUGAGUUCAAACCCCUCACACCUGAGAGAGCUGGAUCUGAGCUACAAUCAUCCAGGAAAAUCAUUAGUCAAGCUGCUCUCUGAUCCAAACUACAGUCUAUACAAACUCAACGUGGACUGUGGAGGAACGUUCAGGAUUACAGCAGGACUACAAAAAUAUGCAUGUGAUCUCACGCUGGAUUUAAACACCACAAACACUCAUCUUACUCUGACUGAGAGGAACAGAAGGGUGACGUAUGUGAGAGAGAAGCAGGCAUACCCUGCUCAUCCAGAGAGAUUCGAUGAGUGCGCUCAGGUUCUGUGUAGAGAGAGUCUGUCCGGACGCUGUUACUGGGAGACUGACUGGAGUGAGAGGGAAGGGGUUGUUGUAUCGGUCACGUAUAAAAGAAUCGGCAGGAAAGGAUGGCGCAGUGAGUCUUUGUUUGGAUACAACAAAAAGUCCUGGAGUCUGAACUGUUCAAAUAACAGUUUCGCUGUCAGACACAAUAAUAAGAGCACAGAAAUAUCUGUCCCUUUACAUCACUCUAACAGAGUAGGAGUGUAUCUGGACCGGCCGGCGGGCUCUCUGUCCUUCUACUCUGUCUUUGACACACACACGCUCACACACUUACAUACGGUUAACACCACAUUCACUGAACCCCUCUAUGCUGGAUUUGGAUUUAAUUAUGCUGAUAAUUCAGUGUUUUUGUGUAAGAUUACGCGGCCUCCUGUGGAAAAACAACUGAGCUACAGAUGAACGCGAUACGCUUUUUCUGUACCUUACGCAGAUGGAUAAUUUAAAUUUUAAUGCGUACCAUUCAGCCAAAGGUUUACUCUGUGAACACAAUAAUACGAGUUGUCAAACACUGGGUGCGGUGAGGUGACUUUAUUCUACUGACUCUUUAAAAGUCAACGAGUUCAGGGGCCCAGAAAACCGUAGCGACGCCAUUAAAAGCAAACUUAACAUCAAUCUCUGAGAGAUCGCUCUGUUGCUAUGGUAACUAGGUUUCAGGUGUAGGCUGAUGCAUUGAGUGCGAAAUGUAAUAGCAUCGGUAUUUAUACGAUACAUUUAAUAAAGAGAUGAAAUGGUA